CUUGUCUUCAGUGCCUGCCUUCGUUUCCCUCUCUCUCUAUUACACUUGAGAUCGUACGAAACCCUAAUCCCUCUCUCUUCUUCUAUCGGCAACCCAAGCGGUGAGAAAUAGUUAGCAUCAGAAAUAUUCUUAAUCUGUUUAUCCGAUUAAAACUCGUGCUGAGAAUUGUCUGCGGAUAUUAUUCCACAGCGUUUGAUCAAUAAUCAUGACGUAUUAACUUCUUUUUGACUAACAGAAUGGGGGCUGGAAGAAAAACACAAACAUUCAUGUUGGGGGACAGAACUCCAUCUUCGUUUUCUACAACAAAUAGCAGUGCAACUGCACGAAAUUUGAGAAAAGAGAAUCUUGGAGGGGUUGUAUUUGGCUGCAAAAACAAUACAAUGAAAGAAUGCCUUUCAAAACAGAUCUUUGGCUUACCAAGUAUACAUUUUUCGUAUGUGAGGAAUAUUGAACAAGGCCUGCCACUGUUCCUAUUCAACUACAAUGAUCGAAAAUUGCAUGGUAUUUUUGAGGCUGCAGGACCUGGGCAAAUGAAUAUCAAUCCAUAUGGAUGGACUGAAGAUGGUUCUGAUAGAACCCCUUAUCCUGCACAGGUUCGGAUCCGUGUCCGGAUGCACUGCCAACCCAUACUGGAAGAUCAAUUUAGCCAAAUUAUCAUGGAUAAUUAUUACUCUCAGUACCAUUUUUGGUUCGAGUUGGACCAUGCACAAACAAGUUCUUUGAUAAAAUCCUUUUCGUCUUCACCGGUUAAUGCUACUGCUAUCCAACUACAUGUGCCCAAAGUAAAAACCCUUUUUAAAGCACUUCCAAAUGAUGAUACAAGAAAGGAAGUAGAUCAUAGGCCAUCAGUUACAGUGGAGGAUUUGGAUUGGUCAGAUCAGCCUAGUAAGGAUGUCGGGUAUUUAGGUGGUAGCCAGCCACUUGGAGCCUACCCUGGUACAGAGACCAUGGAUGAAGAGGAGGCAAAAGUGUACCUGAAGCUGCAACAGAUAGCUCUUGACCGUAAAAAGUCAAAUUGCCCUCCUGGGGUUUUUCCUGCAGCUGUUUCUGGUCCUUCUAUGAACGAUGAUGUGCAAAUGGAGGUUGGAAGUGCUUCAAUAGGGCCGUCAGUUUCAGCAGAGAAGAAUGUAGAGAUUUCAGUUGACUCAUCUUAUCUUGAGUCAAUUAUUUCUCAGUUGACACAGGGAAUGGAGGAGUUGAAGAACUUCUCAGCAGAGCAACUCAAGAAAAACAGUGAACUGGAGAAGAAGCUGGUUGAAUCUGAGAUACAUAUUCAACAAUUGAAUGACCGUGUUAAGAAGCUGGAAUUGAAGUUCGGUCCUUCCAGUGGAAGCUUUGACGAACAAUCAGAAGGUUCAUCUGACAGUCGACCAAUUAAUGAGGCAGUUGAUGUUGUAUGUUCAGAUGCUGAUGAGUCAAUACUAAUAGUGGGAGGAUAUAAUGGAGUGUCUUGGUUAGCAGAAUUGGAUUCCUAUUCACCAUCCCAGGACGUAAUGAGGUCUCUUAAGCCGAUGAGCUCAGUUCGUUCAUAUGCCUCAGCAGCAACACUCAAUGGCCACCUUUACAUUUUUGGUGGUGGGAAUGGUUCUUUUUGGUAUGAUACAGUUGAACGGUAUGACCCGAUAAUUAAUGAGUGGACUUCCUGUCCUCCAUUGAUUGAGAGGAAAGGAAGUCUAGCAGGUGCUACUUUGGACAACAAAAUAUUUGCAAUUGGUGGGGGGAACGGAGUUGAAUGUUUCUGGGAAGUGGAAAUGCUUGACCCUGCACUAGGACGAUGGGUCCCUAUUCGAUCAAUGCUACAGAAGCGAUUUGCUCCUGCUGCCGCAGAGCUUCAUGGUGUGCUUUAUGCAGUUGGUGGAUAUGAUGGUAAAGAUUACUUGAAAACUGCCGAAAGAUUUGAUCCCAGAGAAGUUUCCUGGACAAGGCUUCCUAGCAUGAACGAAAGGAGAGGGUGUCAUUCUUUGGCCAUUUUGGAUGAUAAAUUGUAUGCAUUGGGUGGCUAUGAUGGGACUGAAAUGGUUUCCAGUGUGGAGAUAUUUGAUCCCCGAAUGGAUUCAUGGAUGACUGGCGAUCCUAUGCACCAACCUAGGGGAUAUUCUGCUGCAGCAGUCAUUGGAAAGUCAUUAUAUGUUAUUGGAGGGGUGCACCAUGGGGAGAAUAUCUUAAACACAGUUGAGCGUUACACCGUGGGCAACGGUUGGGAGGUGACCAACUUGAAAGGCAUUGGCAAAAGAUGCUUUUUCUCUGCCGUUGUUCUGAGGUAAGGGGGGUACAAUAUGAGUUUUUUUGGGGGAUUUUUGGAUACAGCACCCUUUCAAGCGCAUUGGUCUUUGUGCAUAGUUAGAAAUGAAGACAAGACAUGAACAUCUACAGGAGUCUGUGACUGGGUUGUU